CCACUUCUGUUCUCCAUUUCGCCGAAGACGACGGCGGCCGCAUCUCCGUCUCUCCCUUUCGCGUCGUUCUUUUGUGCUCUGAGUGGCUCAACCUCUCGGUCCUCUCUCUCUUCCUUCGCGCAGCUUCGACCUCGUAAUCAGAUGAUGAUGACGCGAAGGAGCUGAAGCUGCGGUGCUUGUUCAGUCUUUUCAUGUCAAGAACUGGUUGGGCUGAUCAAAAGCUUUUGUUGAUUUGGGUUUCGUUGGAAGGACGGCCGCUUCCGAUCAAUGGCGGACCAGCAGAACCAGGCGGACUCCCAGAUGCAGUCUCCACAGGCUCCCAAGGAAGAUACGAUGGCUCUUGUGGCCGCCCUUGAGGCUGCCCUGCUCCCGUGCUUGCCGGCCCGAGAGCUUCAGGCCAUCGACCGCUCCCCGCACCCUUCCCAUCAGAUUGAUGUGGAGAGGCAUGCAAGGGAUUUCAUGGAGGCGGCGAAAAAGCUUCAACUCUAUUUCAUCAGUCUGCAGCGUGAAGAUCAACCAACAAAGGCAGAGACACUUAGAAAGGAAAUAGCGAUGAUGGAAGAAGAGUUGAGAACGAAGAGCGAGCUUAUCGAGAAGCAGGAGAGGCUAAUCAAAGGGUGGAGGUCGGAACUGGAGGAGCAGCUGAACAAAAUAAACAGCGAGCUAGAGAGGGUAUGAGUAGACACUGAUUUAUAAGCCAACAUUUUGAAUGCUGUUUUGAGAAGGACCAAGCAUCAGAUGAUGUUAUCUUAAAUUCCGAGGUUGGCUAACAAUCACAAGGCCUUUUUGUAAGUAAAAGCUCCUAUAGUAGAUGGAUGAAACUCUAUUUAUAGAGUGACUAGUCCCCAAUGUUGGUGCCAACACUGACUGCUAUUCACUUACAUUCCACGCUUCUUGUCUUGUAUGAUAAGUAACUUAUGAGACUGCUUUGCUUUUCCUGCUUUGGGAUGCCAAUAUGGGCAAACUUUCGGUUCUAUGGAAUGUUGCACAUAAUGAUGCGGUUGCAUAUUUAAUCUAUGAAAUGCAAAUACUAUGA